AUGGUUAUGGACCUCGCCGCUGGCUUGGCUUUCCUUCAUGAAAACGGCAUCGUCCACCGCGACGUCAAGCCCGACAACCUGCUAGUCUGUGACAGUCUGCAGCGCAAGAGUCUGCAGCCGUGGGGCAUUGCUCCGGUAAUGCUAAAGCUCUGCGAUUUUGGGUGCUCUGUCAUUCUCUCAGACUAUAAUCAGGGCUAUGUUUUUACCCACACUGUGGGAACGCCGGGGUGGAUGGCGCCCGAGGUCGAGCAGGGGUUGCCGGUGGACUCGGGCUUGCUCUUCAAGACGGAUCUCUACAGUCUGGGACUUGUGGCUGCGCACAUAUUCAAGAGUAGGCGGCUGUCGCCGAGUCCAGGUCCCGAUCUCAGGACAACGCCUGCAGACGUUAGAGCUCGGAAACGCAAGCAUGGUGAACGAGACGAAGGCGACGAGUCUGUUGAUGGGCUAAGCAUACUCGCGGAGCAGCCCGAUGUAACUACGCAGAGGGCCAACAAAAACGACCAAGGUAUUGGGAAAGGAACUACGGGACCUCUGGCCAACAGACGCUGA